AAUUCCCAAGUGAACUGAACGGUCGUCAAUUUGAGGAGAGCGGAGGCGCGCAACGCUUGCAGUGCGCGCGCUUCACCGACGACGCGAUCCAGGCGCUACUUCAAGUUACCGAGUCGAAGAAAAAAAUGGUGGCCAGCGCGAGAGUGCAGAAGCUCCUCCGAAGAUACAAACUCGCGAUUGCCGCCGCCAUAACCAUCCUCCUCAUCCAAGGUCUCGUCGUGUGGAGCCUGAAAAGUCUGGAAGAGGGCGAGGCGCAGAAAAAAACAAGACGCUCUAAACUGCCCGACAACAACAGCCAGGACCAGAAGAGGGAUGCCGCGCUAUUAGAAAGACACAACCCGGUGUCUGGGAGUAACAAGGGCAGAUGGAAGGGCAGGCUGGAAAGGACAGGAGGCACAGCAACCAGCGCGCUAAGAAAAGGGAACAGCCGAAGACAAGGAAAGCCGGCAAUCAGGCUUAAGAAACCCCUCGAGCAGGGGCAAACGGGCACCGGAUUGGAUGGUGUUGCGCCACAUGACCCGUCCAGUAACUUGAGCAAGAAAUACAAUGGCAUCUCUUGUUCCACCGAGAGCUAUUAUAUGAAAUAA